UCCGAGGGAAGCUGGCUGAGUUGUUUUAGGGAGGAAGUAGCACCUUAGGAGGUGUUUGGGUCUGGUUUUAAUGUUGUGAGCCCCCAUCAUGACGUUUUUGGCCCUUUUGAUGUUCCUGCUGCCCUCAGUGUGGGGAUUCACACCAGGGCUGCUGCACCGUGGCUGUAGGGCUGUGGGGGCAUGUGGGUCCUGCUCACAACGUCUGGAUGCUAAAGCAGGGUCAGCGUUUCCUUGGAUAUUGGCAUAUGUACCCAUGAGAAGCUGCCACAGAGUCUUGAGGGACAUGUAUGGGGAGUUUUCUCCUCCAGAGUAUCACAGUGAUUCCCCAUUCAACCUAUGGUGUAACUGGACAAUCUGGGCAGGCUCCAGAAAGCAUAUCAUAGUCUAUAUUCAAGGUUUUAUCACAGAGGAGGAUUGCAACAGAAACAAAGACAAAAUACUCUUUGAAGGAGUUUCUUCACUGGUGGAAAAUGAUGUAAUUUAUGCUUGCUGGAAGAAGGAGAUGCAUGUUUUUGCCACCUUUGCUCAGGCUGUGCACGUUGUAUUGCUGAAGAGGUACUUGCCAAAUUGCAGAGACACACGGUUUAAAGGCAAGUAUUAUAUCUUCCAGCACCACGAAGGCGAAUCUCCCUCCAGAGGUGCUUUGAUUCCUGAAACUCUUGCUACAAAGCCAUCUAAGCAAGAGAGCGUUUUCCAGCCUGGAUGGACAGACCACCUUGGAGGCUCUGCAACCUUGAUGCCGAUGGGAAAUCCAGUUGAGCUCGUCCCAUACCAAGGUGCAACGACACAGUUCCUGGGUAUGCCAGCUACCUGUGUGCAGGGCUCUGAGCCGCAGACAGGGCCAAGGCUCUGCCAGGAAGAGGAAGGCACAGCUGGGGAUGCCCAGUGGCUGAGCCACACCACCAGUGGAGAUAUUACUCCAGGUUUGGGUAAUACACAUGGAUUUUCAAGCAUGCUUUUGGAAACACCUUUGUUCGGAGCCUUGCAGGUAAUGGAGCAUUCAUUGCAGCCCACAGGCAUGAGCUGGGAGAGCAGACAGUCUGUACUACACCCCACCCUGAGGCUGGAAGAUCUGGGAGACCUCCAGUUUACCAUUAAACCAACACGCAUGAGUCACAUGGACUCGGCUGCUGAUUCACAGACUUCCUCUCCUGGCAGAAGAGGAAGCCAAGAGAGCAUCAGUACCACCAAGUCCCAGGGGCUGGAUGCAAGGAAGGACAGAAGCCAUGCACAGCUGAGCGUCCCAGCUGAUGGAGCAGCAAGCAGUGAUGCUGUUGGCCUUGCAAGGGGCCUGAUGCCCAGCCUGAGCAGCCCAUAUGAUGUGGUGAAUGGGGACCGCUCACAGCUGCUGCCAGAGAGAGAUCAAAGCAGUUUUGGGGCUUUGCCUGUGACUCAACCCAGCCUGGGAACAACCAACCUCCAGCAUAUGGAGCUCAUGGGUAUUUUCCCCCUGGAAAGUUCCAGGGGUGUUGUUGAGGAGAAAGCAGUGCCACGUCCCACACCACCAUGGGACAUCCUCCAGGAGCAUCCUCACUCAUAUGACCAGAGCCAUCCUGUCCUGCAGGCAGUCCCUGUGCACCCUGGGAGCCUCCCCACAAGCACCCAAGCAUGCAGCUGUCCAGUUGCUGAGAAAACUUCCGCAUUCUCAUGGGACAUAAAAAGCUGCUGCCACCAGGGUUACACCGCCACACAGACGUGGCUGGUAGUGUCCCCUGGGCGAACAGGUCUAGAGCUUUCUUCCAUGAGCAGGAUGGAAACAACCCCUGCACCAGUGCUCUCUCACUCUGACCUCAUUCCUGUGGGCUCUGCCAACACUUCCUCUGAAGAACUUCUUCCCUCAGGAGAACAGUCCACAUCCAGGGCAGUCCCCUCCUCACUGGCAGCUUUGGGUUUGGAUCCUGUCAGCCUCAGGAGAUGGGCAGGCAUCUCAUCAGGAGGACAUGAGGUGGCCUCAUCAUUGCCUCCUCUCUAUCUAUCAGCAGCCCCUGAACUGGGUGCAGCUGUGUCCCCUGGCCACCUUGGCCACUGGAUGAGGGAGAAAGUGCUGGAAGAGGAUGGCCACCAACAAGAAACCCCAGCUCCUGUGCAUGUGCUGGCUGCAGGUCCCUCUCCAGCCUCCAUCCCGAGGCCCUUUGUGGGACCUCCUCGGGCCAAGGACCCCCUGAGUCAUGGCUCUAGGGUGACACCAGCUCUGCUGCAACCAGGCAUGGCCACUAGUGGCAAAGCAGCUUCUGCCUUGCACCUUGGGGGACUUAAAAUGCAGAAGACCAUGGAAAGUCUCCAGGUGGGUGUUGGAGAGCAGAGAAAUUCCUCCUCGCAUGUUGCCCGCUCCGAUCCUCCAGCAGUGCAGUGGGGGCAAACAGUGCUGAGAGGCCAAGAACUCCGGGAGCCCACGAGUGGUCCAGUAUCCAGGCACACGGGGAUGCCGGGAGGACAGCCACAGAAGCACUCUGAGCUGGGACUGCCCUGGGUGAUGGAGUACUUCCCUGUCAGGAGCUGCCAUGUCACCUUUCAGAAUGAGUUUGGGGUGUUCUACCUCCCACUGCAUGGUGACAUCCAAGCCAACAUCUGGUGCAACUGGACCAUCUGGGCAGGCCCCCAGAAACACAUUGUCAUCUACAUUCAGGGGUUCCAGGACAGUGAAGGCUGCGGUAAGAACCACGACAAGAUCAUUUUCCAAGGGGUCCUCUCACGUGUGGAAACAAAGGUCAUGUAUGCCUGUCACAGCCAAGGUACUCUGAUCUUUGCUGCACAAGCCACAGCAGUCCAUGUGUUAUUGUUGUCAAGAAGUGGCCCCCUAAGCAGCAAAUACAAACAUUUUGAAGGACAGUAUUAUGUAUUUGGAGACUAUGAAGCUGUGGGUUCUUCAGAUGGUGCUGGAGCUCCCCGAGAGCCCAUCCGGGAAACCCCUAAAGGAGAGAGCUGGAGGAUAGGGACAACACAAGGUUUGCUGCCCAUGCUGAGAGCCUCUCCAAGUCCAUCCACUCCACCUACUGCAGGCAAGAUCCAGGCCGAGAUGGCAAGCACAGAGGACAAGGGCCAACACCUCCCUGAUCUUGUGGAAGAUACUUGGCUUGGUGCUGACCUGAGCGAGCAUAGUGAGGUGCAAGAUGAAACAGAGAUGGAAAGAAGCCUUACAUAUGGUGGCACAGAGGGGAGGGAACCCAAUGAGGAUGUGUUGGAGUACCCAUCAGUAGGAGGUGCUGGGCCUGAAGCUGAGCUGCCUGCCUUGGAGGUUGCAAAGGGGGAUGUAGAGCUGGUGCCUGUUCUGGUCACCACAGCCUCACACUACUCAGCUGAUGUCCCUGCCUCAGAGGCAAUGCCCCAGGGUGACAAAGGCGUGCCUGCUGGAGAUGUGCAGUCACCGGGAGAAGGGCAUGAAGAUCCCUUUGAUCUGGCUUCUGUUCUGGCAUCUCUGGAGAAUGGUACGGCACUGCAAUCCCUGCACCACCCUGGAGAUAUGCUGUUUGAAGUAUCUACUGAAGUCAAAGACAAGGACUGGAUCACGCCUGGUGGUAGUGAGCUCAGAAGGGAUCUCCUAAUAUCAAUGAGGAACCAUAUCCAGCAGAACCUGAAACUCUCUGCUAACAGAGUAAAUUAUAUAAAGUUAAAGGAAGUCAAAAGGACAAGCAAUGCCAGCCUGCUGCUCACCUUCUGGCUGCACCUGAAGCCAGAGGAGAGAAAUAUGUCCCUGCUGCUGCGCUCCCAGCUGGGAGAGCUGCUCAGCGCUUCAGUGGGAGCGGGGAAGCUGCAGCUGGUCUCACUGCUGGUGGAAGAUGUGAAUGAGUGCAGUUUGGGGGUCAGCCUGUGUGGGGAGGAGGCAGAGUGUUUCAACGGCGUGGGCACCUACCUGUGCCGCUGCAAGAAGGGCUACGAGGACCGUUCUCCCACCAAGUCUGGCACUCUGUGCGUCCGCACUCCCCAGUCAGGGUUGGGCUUCCUGCUCCGCCAUGCUGACAUCCUGGUGGGGGCAGCCAUCACGGCCAGCCUGGUGCUGCUGGUGGCUGCCGGAGCCUUGUGCUGGGCAAAAUGGCGGAGACGGCAUCCGAGCAGGGCCCUGGAGCCUGAGGAGCCACUGGAGCGGGCUGUGGAAGAGCCACCAGUGAUAGAGCUGCGGGACCUGGGGGACUGCCUGCGCCUUGACCCCUUCCAGCUGAAGCUGCGGGCCAGGCCCCCUGAGUGGCUGUGGGGGGCUCGGGCACACCCUGGCCAGGCCUACAGAGUCUUCCUGGAACAGUCGCCUCCACUCUAGGGCGGCCCUCAUUACCUGUGCGGUCAGUGCUGGCUGUGUAGGCCCUCCUUGGGCAUUUUACGGACCACCACUCUCCCCCAGCCUUUCUUGUUUUGUCACUUACUGUUUUUUAAAUGUUUGCUACGCUUUGGAAGCAAAUGCUCUCUGUAUCCUUUCCCCCUUACCCUGCUUGAGAUUUGUGCAGAACUGUCAGCAUGUAAUAAUUAAAUACUUUUUUCUUUCUUUUUUUUUUUUAAAGAAAAUAAGUGAUGUUUCAGUGCUUAAUUCAGAAAAUUAAAGAUUAGCCUUGCACCUGUGGUCAGGUAUACCUGCUUUCCUCUGCCCAUCACAUAGAGCUCUGUGGGAGCCAGGGCAAGGCUGCAGCCAAGUCAGAAUCCUCAGCCUCUUGCAGCCUGAUUGAGGAUCACAACAGGCCCUGACUUCAUGGUUCUGGAGAUGCUACUGGCCUUCCCGAGGAAUGGAUACAGCACUAUAAUGCUCGUGUGAAUCCUUAUUGCUGAGAUGCCAGCUGCAAAGAGCACCAACCAUCACCGCAUCCUCCUGGCUGGCAGUAAGGUGCAGUUGUCUCUGCUUCUAGGCUUGUAACUUCCUUAUCUCUUAUGUCCAGGCUUUUAAAAAGCAAUUUGAAUAACUUUUUUUUUCCACUUUGAGAAGGUGCGUGAAUGGCAUGGUGGCAAAUGUCCCACUGGAGGGCACUGUUGGCUACUGAAAGCCUAGCGCAAGCAGCUCUGACCAGCUCAGCUGGCCUAGUGCUGGGGCUGCCAGAUGCUGGGCACAUCUGCAGGGGCCCUCGGUGCAGCCCAGGGGCCGUCUCUUUGUAUUUGUUGACCCACUUUCUCUGAAAUA